UUAGAGGGAAUUUAAUUAAAUCGGGAGCCAUACAUCCAUAAAGCACCGGGGAGAUUACAAACGCCUGAGUGUACAUCGGAGAAGGCCAAAAGCCAGCUGGACUAGUUCCUGAAUGCAGUUUUAAUCUUGUUUGCAAUUAUUUCGAAGGAGAAAAACCAUCUGGAUCAGAAUUGAGAUGCUCUGGUUUCAAGGAAAUCGCAUGCAACUUGCCAAAUCCUCCUUUGGGCUCUUCUUAAGAAAUUUCUCUGCCUGUAAGACAACUCUGCCCGUACUGACCUUAUUCACAAAGGAUUCAUGUCCCCUUUGUGAUGAAGCCAAGGAAAUACUGGAGUCUUAUAAAAACAGGUUUAUUUUACAGGAGGUGGACAUCACACUUCCAGAAAACUCUGCUUGGUAUGAACGGUAUCAAUUUGACAUUCCUGUCUUUCACUUGAAUGGCCAGUUUCUGAUGAUGCAUCGAGUAAACACCACAAAACUUGAAAAACAGCUCCUGAAACUUGAGCAGCAAAGUACUGCUGGCUGACUAACACCCUCAUGAUUAUCCACCCUCUCUUUCCAUUAGGCAUCCGCCUGAGGAAAUGCCCAUGGGUUCGAACCCCUUUGUUCCUCUUCAGAGCCCUAAGGAUGUUCUAAACCCAGUGGUGCCAAAUAAAUGUUCACAUUCCUGUUCUGGUUAAUGGAAAUACCAAUGUGGGAACUGUUUACUUAUUGGCAUCUUAAAAAAUAAGAGGAGUGUGUUGGCAGGGAGGGAGAUGAUACAGGGAGGGAGAAGCCCAUUUGUCUUACUUAUCCCUUCUGCAUUAAUAUAGAAGCACUCUGCAGCCACUGGGCAGUGCCGUUUUUAGGAAGAAGGCUCUGCAUUCCUGCUGCUGCCCUGGAGGGCUUAACUUUUUAAUGAAAGAAUAAAUGUUCUCCCACUCAGUAGAUAAAGUGAAAUGUGAAUUGUUAAUAACUGUGCACGGUCAAUAAAGGGAUGUUUUAACGAAUA